GAUGCGUGCCGAACAAGGCACUUCGGCUGAAGGAAGAACAGGAAGUAGUCGAAUUAGAGGAGGAAUCGCCACAGGUUACUUUGAACCGUCGGCAGAGGGCGCUGAAAACGAAGGUAAUCGGAUAGUAGAGAAGGAGGUAUUAGGCAGCUUUAGAAACUGCCUUAUUGUCAGACCCCGAGCUGAUAGGCGUGACUUGCAAAUUAGUAGAGCAGUUGCUGCUAGGCAUGCACAGCUGUCUCUUCCGAUGCGUCCUCUUAUCUUUCACGCUUGA